AUGGCCGUAUGGUUGACGGUGGUGAUAGGAGCGGUGCCACUAAUAGGGUGUUUAUUGUGGUGGUGGAACGACAUAUGGUAUGGCUUAGUUAUGACAGCUCUCCGGCCAUCCCAAAGUGGCACCAAGCUGCCACAAGGCUACAUGGGUCUUCCGAUCAUCGGUGAAACGCUCACAUUCCUAUGGUACUUCAAAUUUCUUGGUCGCCCCGAAGACUACAUAAAUUCAAAGCGUCAGAAGUAUGGUGAUGGGAUAGGUAUGUACAAAACACACCUGUUCGGUAGGCCAUCAGUGAUUACAUUUUUACCAACGACCAAUAAAUUCGUACUUCGAGAUACCGAAACCUUCAGCAUUAACCAACCAGAUGCUCUACGUCGAAUCGCCCUUGCUGUGCAACCACGUAUGAUCUCAGCCCUCCAAUCGUGGACCACACGUGGUAAAAUUAAUUCCUUCAAUGAAAUAAUGAAGGUCACUUCUGAGAACAUCGGCAAGUAUUUUGCUAGCUUCGAGCCAGGCCCUAUCCUCGACAAGAUUAACCAACACUUUAAGGAAAUUCUUGAUGGAUUUACGGCUUACCCUUUGAAUAUACCAGGAUUUAAAUUUCAUCGUGCGAUUCAGUCUCGUAGAAAAGCUCAAGCUAUUUUCAAGGAAGAGUUGGAUAGAAGGAGGAGCAACAUAGAUGGAAGUAUCCAACCUAUAAAUGAUUUAAUCGAUGGGUUUAUUACUCUGAAGGAUGAGGAAGGGAACUAUUUAAGUGACACUGAGAUUCUUGAUAACAUUACUAGCAUUGUUCUUGGUGGGUUUGAAUCAGUUGUCAUCGUCACAGUGUGGGCUCUUUGUUAUCUUGCGAAAAACCCCUCUGUUUUACAAAAGCUUCGGGACGAGAACAUGGUUCUGGAAAAGAGUAAGAGCCAAAAACUUGUAACUAGCGAUGAGAUUUUCAAGUUGGUAUACACCAUGAAGGUUGUGGAUGAAACAGUCAGAUUGUCGAAUGUCGCUAACUUUGUUUUACGUACGACAACAGAAGAUGUUGAGUAUAAAGGAUACACUAUACCAAAAGGAUGGAAUAUGAUUGUAUUGCUUAGGAAUGUCCACGUAGAUCCUAAAAACUAUGACGAUCCAUUGUGUUUCAACCCUGAUAGAUGGGAUGGAUCAAUGCUGCCUGAAAACUUCCAAGCAUUUGGCGCUGGUCCAAGAACCUGUGCAGGAAAUAUGCUCGCUCGUUUACAACUGGCCUUGUUUCUACAUCAUAUCUCCACAGGAUACAAAUGGGAAUUAGUGAAUCCAGACGUAAAAGUGAAGUAUCUCCCAAAUCCUAAGCCAGAAGAUGGUCUCGAAAUUACCAUUGCCAGAUUAUGA